AUGUUCCUCUCAAGCGCUCUCGCUGGUUCGCCUGUUGGCUUGCUKAGUCUAUCUCUGGGAGGUCUAGCCAUCUACGCUCUCGGCGUGAUCGUCUAUCGACUUUACUUCCACCCAUUGGCAAAGUAUCCGGGGCCUUUGGUUGCCAAGCUCACAGAUUUGUACUCGACGUACCACGCUCUGCGUGGGGACCGACACUUGGAGUUCUGGCGCUGUCACGAAAAGUAUGGCAAUGUCGUGCGAUUCGGACCCAACAGCCUGUCGUUCAACAGCAACACCGCGCUGAAGGACAUCUAUGGCUUCAAAUCGAAUGCUAGGAAAGCAGACUUCUACAAAGCUUUCUGGGCUAGCAAAGACUCUGCAAGUACUCACAGCUCAAUCGAUAAAUCCAUACAUGCGCGGAAGAGACGAGUUUUGAGCCAUGCAUUUUCAGAUGCUGCCAUCAAAUCCUACGAGAAUCAUAUCCUCGCACAUAUUCGGCAAUUUUGUCAGAACCUUGCUGGACUUACCAGCUUUGCCGACUCACAAACCCCAGAGAAGAAGGGAUACGGUCAGGCGAUUGACGUUGCGGACCAGGCCAACUACCUCACGUUUGAUAUCAUGGGUGAUCUUUGCUUUGGAAAGGCGUUCGGUAUGCUCGAAAGACCAGACAACCGGUUUGCCAUUGAUCUAAUCGGCAACGCUGCUCAUCGUCACUUGAUUUGCGGCACAUAUUUACCAAUCCAUGACUACCACCUUGACAAGCUCUUCUUCCGCAAGAUCGCGGCUGGUCGAGCACGCUACAUGCAGUAUUCCAAGGGACAAGCUGCGGAACGCAUGAAGAUGGGCAUGGAUGUUGACCGGAAAGACUUCUUCUACCACCUUCUCAAAGCGAAAGACCCGGAAACUGGAGCUGGGUUCACGACUCCCGAACUUUGGGGCGAGAGUAAUCUAUUGAUCAUCGCCGGCUCGGAUACGACUUCCACAGCGCUGGCUGCCACCAUCUUCUACUUGGUACACCACCCUGAAGCAUUAAGAAAAGUCACGCAGGAGGUUCGUUCGGCCUUUGAGGAUGUUGAGGAUAUCAGAAUCGGUGCCACGCUUUCCAGCUUGCACUACGUCCGGGCUUGCGUUGAUGAAGCCAUGAGAAUGUCGCCUUCAGUCGGCGGUAUCCUACCUAGGGAGGUCCUUGCAGGCGGCAUGGAUAUCGACGGCUUGCAGAUCCCCGCUGGAACUGUUGUUGGUGUUCCUCACUACACAUUACAGCACAACAGCGCAUAUUACCCAGCGCCGUUCGAGUACAAGCCCGAAAGGUGGAUGGCCGGUUCAAGCAACGAUGUCACUGCCGACACUGUUGCUGUGACGCAAUCCGCGUUCUGUCCCUUCAGUGUGGGUCCUCGCGGGUGCAUCGGCAAGUCCAUGGCGUAUGCUGAGAUGACCACAACCUUGGCACGGAUCGUGCACAUGUACGAUAUGCGGCUGGCACCGGGCAGUACCGCUGGCGAAGGAAAGGCGAGCUUUGAAUACGGCCGUCACAGAUCGCAGGAGUAUCAGCUAAAGGAUUGUUUUACGAGCAUGAAGGAAGGCCCGCUGGUUCAGUUCCGAGCGAGGUCAUGA